AACUACCAUUCUUUGCACUCCCUAUUAUUAAUAUCUAGCACAUAUGCAUCUCCAUUGCCCCCCAAAUACAUCUCCCCAUUCGCUCUCCAUAUUUCCCAGAAAUUUGUUCCCCAUGGCUGACUCUCAGCACUCUUCCUCCAAUGAGUUUAGGAACCAAACCCCUUCCAAUGACACUUUGGCCGACUCUCAAGAGGAAACAAGUGAAGAAUCAAAGCUGGAAUUCUCUGAAGAUGAGGAAACACUUAUUAUAAGGAUGUACAAUCUGGUUGGAAAAAGGUGGCCUCUAAUUGCUGGAAGGAUCCCAGGAAGAACAGCUGAGGAAAUUGAAAAGUACUGGACUUCUAGAUAUAUACUCAACAAGUGAAUGAAUGUACAACAAAUUGGUCGCUGCUUUUUCUCUGCCAAAAGCAUAUUGGGGAGCAUGGUUUAACAAAUUUAACAAUUAAUUGUGGAUUUCACCGUCUACUUUCUCUUGUUAUUAGGAUUCAAAGCCAGUGUGAUUGAUUAUUCCCCAAGUUCCUAUGUACAAUAUAUCCCUUUGUGCUUGUUUUCAUGUACAUAGAUAUUGUGCUAUGAGAAUGGUAUCAAAAUUGGAUUUUGUUUUUCCUUUA